AUGGAACUAAUAGCAGAAACCACUCCAUUACUUACAACCACCAGCACUGAUAAUAGUGCACCAUACGGUUCUACUAUUAUUUACAUAGAGAAUGACGGAAAACAGCAUGAGAUACCUAGUUUAAAUGAAAAUGAAAGCAACGUAAUUAAAAAUAAUCCUGAAAAAGAUGAAGAUGAAAACUACUUGUGGUAUUUAGCAUACGGAAGUAACAUGAACAGAGCAAUAUUCGUCGAAAGACGAGCAAAUCCUUACAUGGAACCCACCUACGCAAAUAUACUCCGUUUCUCCCCACCACUGCCAAUUGACGGCAGCCACCCAACAAUAACACGAGAAUACGCCUGGGAAGUGCAUCGUCGUUGUAAUACAGGUGUACUUUAUAAAAUCACUAAGAAACAAUAUCAAAUGCUUGUAAUAAGUGAAGGUGUAUGGGGAUGGGAUGAUGUUCCGCUUGGAUAUAAGGAUAUUGAUGUCGAAUGUGUGACGUAUGAUGGAGAGAAAAUUAUCGCAAGAACAUUGAUUGUGAAGCCAGAAUGUAUUUCAAGUGAUUUACAGAUUUCUGAAAGAUACCAUAACAUAUUACAAGAAGGUGCACGCGAACAUAACAUGGACGUCAACUAUCAAACAUACCUCGCCACAAAAAUUAUGCCAUACAAAAUUACAACCACCAGAAAAAAAAUUGCAAAGGCGCUAUUUCUUGUGUUGUUCUUUCCGCUUCUCUUUAUUUUAAUCGUGGUUAGUCUAAUUUCAAUGAAGACUGGUAUGCGUGUGCCUAGAUGGUUUGCUGUCUACUUAUCAUAUUUGUGGGAAGGAAUGCAUACGGUGCAUAAUAGGUUGUUUGAGCCGUAUUUUGGAAGUGGGAAUAAUACCUUGGAUGUAGAACAAUUAGAUAAGAUCAAGUCGUAG